AUGGCUUCUUGGAAUUCAAUUAAACUUCGUGUGACAUAUGAAGUUUUGGGUUGGUCUGCAUUUGUUUCUUGGUCUAUUAGUUUCUACCCACAAAUCAUUUUGAAUUUUCAAAGGAAAAGUGUUGUAGGGUUGAACUUUGAUUAUGCAGUGCUAAACAUGGUGAAGCAAUGUUACUAUUUGGUCUACAAUACCACUCUUUACUUCAGCCCUGUCGUUCAGAGGCAAUACGGGAAUAAAUAUGGACACAAACAAAUGAAUCCUGUGGCAUUGAAUGAUGUUGCAUUCUCAUCCCAUGCUGUUCUACUUUCUGCAAUUACCUUAUACCAGAUUGCAAUUUAUGAACGUGGAAAUCAAAAAGUGUCUAAGGCUGCUUUAGGACUCGCAAUUUUCGUGUUGAUAAUUUCAGCAAUUUGUGUCUUCAUAGCUUUGCGUAAUCGCCACUGGCUUUGGCUGAUAAGCAUCUUCAAUGUGGUCCAAGUUGCUUUGACAGUUAUAAAAUACAUUCCUCAGGCAGUGUUUAACUUCAUGAGAAAAAGUACCGAGGGAUGGAGUAUUGGUUUGGUUUUACUGGAUUUUUUUGGAGGGGUAGCAAACUUUUUGCAAAUGAUUACACAAUCAAUUGAUCAAGGUUCUUGGAAGAAUAUAUAUGGGAAUAUAGGGAAAGUUCUUGUUGCAGUGAUAUCUAUCAUGUUUGACCUACUUUUCAUGUUCCAACAUUAUUGCUUAUAUCGUCACAAAUCAGAGACACUUGUUGAACCUGCCAAGUCUCAAGAUCAACAGUUAUCAGAGAAUGCUGCUUCAAAUGCAGUUUAA